AUGUUACUGUCUGCGGUCCUUGUAGCGCUCGCUAGCUAUGCAUAUCGAGACACCUUGCUUGCUCUGGCUUCUCCGAGUGCUAUCUUAGAUGCGUCUCAGGCUGCGGAUAUUGUAGAUACUGGGUAUGCUAGGUAUCUGGGCAAUCGCUCGUUCCCGAACACUGUUGCUUUUCUGGGUGUUCCGUAUGCGGAACCACCGUUGGGAGAACGACGGUUCCGCGCACCUCUUCCUUUGGACAAGGCUAGGAUAGCAAGGGAGGCUCGUGGAAAGGUGGUGGAUGUCACCAAGAACCCUGCCUUUUGUAUUCAGGGUACCACGGGAGGAUAUGUAUUUGGGAACCCUGUAAACUGGCCUUUCGACCAUUGGAUUAACCAAAGCCCAAACGUGGUUAUCGUCUCGGUGUACUACCGUUUGUCGUCAUUUGGAUUCCUUGCUUCUCCUGCAAUGCGCGAUCCUGCAGUUGGUGACCUGAACGCGGGAUUCCUGGACCAGAUACAAGCUCUCAAAUGGGUCAAAGAGAAUAUUGCCAGCUUCGGAGGAAACCCAGACAUGGUCACCAUCAAUGGUGAAAGUGCUGGGGGAAGCUCAACGGAGUUGCAUCUGGUCGCCAAUGAAGGCGAAAAACUUUUUAAUGCUGCUAUUGCACAGAGCGUGUACAGGACCCCUUUGCCUACCCCGGAACAGCAGGAGCCACUAUUCAAUUUCUAUGCCAACCACGCUGGAUGUGGCACAGGGUCAGCUGCCGAUCAGAUAGCAUGUCUACGGAAAGCCAGCGUUAGCGCGCUGGCUAUGGCCCAGGACGCGGCGGUUACUUCUGCCUUCACCGCGUCAGGAUACAACACUUUCCACCCCGUCAUUGAUGGAAAAACGCUCACGGACUUCCCUACUAAAUCGAUCUUAGCUGGAAACUUUGCCAAAGUGCCUUUAAUUGUUGGAGCAACUACCAAUGAAACUCUGUCGGGGGGCUCUAGUGUGUCAGGCGCUUUAAAGGGAUUCUUCCCUUCUAUCACAGACUCGGAUGUCAACGCGCUACUUGAUGCGUACCCACUCUCUGAAUUUUCUUCGUCUCUACAAUUCCAAACUAUCACAGGAGAUGCCGAGCUUAGAUGUGCUCGCUCCAUUCUAGGAACAGAAUUCGGGAAAGCCCAGAAAUCUUGGACAUACAGAUAUAACCAACCAACUCCGGGAGCCAACGCUGUAUUCCACGCAGCUGAGAACUUCAUGAUGUUCAAGGGCACUAGCACCGGCUUCAACGGAACCACCACCUUCAACGCGUUGACGCCAACUCAAAACGCAUUCGCGCAAGAGUUAAUUGCUUACUGGCUAUCCUUCGUCCGAACACACGAUCCAAAUACGUUUAAGCUAUCCCGUUCCCCGACAUGGCAGCCUUUUACGACCAAAAACUCGCGGAUUGUUCUUCAGGAAGGCCCAGGAGAUACAACUACUGUCAGCGGUAGCUUCUUGGAGACACAAGGAACGGAGGAGACGGAUCGGUGCAAUCUUAUCGCAAGCCAGGUGCUGUCCCAGCAAAAUUAA